AUGAUUCUCGACUGCAAUGGCGCCCUUCAUUCCUUCGGCCUGCCCGAGUACGGUCAGCUGGGUCACAACACGGACGGGAAGUACUUCGUGACGAGCACGAAGCUUUCGUUCCACUUUGAGACGGUCCCGAAGCACGUCGCGAUGUUCUUCGAGAAGACCAAGGAUGGCCACGUGAUGCCCGUCAAGGACGUGGACAUUGUCGACUUCUCCUGCGGAAAUAACCACACUGUGGCGAUAGACUCGAAGAAGCGCGCGUUCAGCUGGGGCUUCGGCGGGUUCGGGCGGCUGGGGCACGCCGAGCAGAAGGACGAGAGCGUACCUCGGCUGAUCAAGUACUUCGACUCGUCGGCGCGCGGCGUCCGCUCUGUGCACUGCGGCGCCACGUACAGCCUCGCCGUCAACGAACUCGGAGAGCCUAGUGCUGCCGAGAGAGCGAUGGAGCUGGAAACUGUAGCUUCAACUUUUGAAGAUGACACUUUCAUUUCAGGUAAAGUAUUAACAGAUCACCUGUCAAGGGAGAAUCCCAACUGA